AUUUGACACGCUCACUGACACUGCACGAGGAAGUAUCUAUUCUGGGCGGACUCCAGCAGUCAGCUGCUUCUCUUCAGAUUGGAUGGGUUGAAAGCAAAGGUGAGCUCAAAAGUACGUUUUAGGAUGUGUGCUACAUUAGCGUUUUGUGUUCACGUGAAUGUUGUGUGCAAACAAGAAAAUAGAAUGGCAAGUCAGUUAUAUAAUUCUGUGUUGUAGAAACUUUUCUCUCCUGCUGGCUUGCUUACUUCAAAAGUUAGCUGGCUAACGUUAGGUAGCUGGCUAGCUAGGCUAAUGGCCCCGUUACUGUGCUUUGCCUGUCAAGUUAUUACUACCAGCUACAUCUUAUGACCUCCGUUCAUAAUGAGUAAUUACAGCUAAAACAAUUACGUUAUUCAGAUCAUUUAGGCAAGAGAUAUGUCUGCCAAUGCUAUCUCACCGCAUCAAUCUUAUCAAAUGUGUAACGUUAGUAGACAUCGUCACGUGAUUAAAAAGUUAGCUAGCUAGCUGGCAAAAAUAAGACUAGCAGCUGAAACAAAGAUUAAGGCUGAAGUCAACACCCCGAAUUGAACUGUAAAAGCUAAGUGGUGAUUACUUACUGGAACUUCAAUCAAUCUCCAUAGGCAUUGCUUCUUUAAUAACUUAUAGAUCCUCAUGAGCAUAUUACUGUUUAUCAUCAUAACUCAAGGUUGUUUAACUUCAGACAUUAUUAGUACAAAGUUACGUUUUUGUUUACAAACCCAAACACUGUAUAGCUUCUAAAUAUGCCUAUGUUGAUCAAAUGGACUGUCAGCAUCCAUAGCUGCAUGUACAAAUUUGAGAAUGGUUGCAUUUCUCCAGCCCCAUUCCUCACAUGUUUUGCAAACCCUAGUGUCAGGGCUGCUGCAUUGAACAAAUCAAAUUGUAUUUGUCACAUGCGCCGAAUACAACCGGUGUAGACCUUACAGUGAAAUGCUUACUUACAAGCCCUUAACCAAAAAUGCAGUUUUAAGAAAAAUAAGUGUUAAGUAAAAAAAUUGAUAAUUAAAAAAUAACAAGUAAUUAAAGAGCAGCAGUAAAAUAACAGUAGUGAGGCUAUGUACAGGGGGUACCGGCACAGAGUCAAUGUGCGGGGGCACUGGUUAGUCGAGGUAAUUGAGGUAAUAUGUACAUGUAGGUAGAGGUAAAGUGACUAUGCAUAGAUCAGGGGUGUCAAACGUCCGGCCCGCGGGCCGGAUCAGGCCCGCAAACGGGUUUAAUCCGGCCCGCGAGAUGAUUUUGAAAGAAAAUAAUAAUAAUAAUAAUAAUAAUAAUUUUGUAAAGUAUAAAAAUGCGCUGCAAUUUUUCAAUAAAAUAAACUGCUGUUCCAAUUGCGUCCACUGGAUGGCGCAAUAGCAAUUGUGUUAAGCAAGCAAACUGUUUAUACCGGGGCAGAGCAAGUAGGUCAAGCACGUGCAGCCAAUGAGCUACUUUGUUUUGCCCGCGAUAUUUAUUACGGCUUCUACUUUUAACAUUAUGUGCUUUGGCACCCUCAUUGCCCCAAUAUGUCUCUGUCAAAAAAGAGAAAAGUGGACGCAGAGUGCAGUGUUCCAAGAAAAAUGGUCAUCCUAUUUAUUCACGGAAUUGAAUGGGAAAGCUGUAUGUUUGGUGUGUUCAGAGCAUGUUGCAGUGCUGAAAGAAUAUAACCUUCGUCGCCACUAUGUGAGUCUUCAUGCCGACAAAUAUGACAACUUUCAAGGACAGCGGAGAUGAGAGAAGGUGAAUGAACUGUUGGCGGGUCUGAAGAAACAGCAGUCUGUGUUUACUCACAGCCGAGACAUCAGUGACGCUGCAGUGAAAGCUAGCUACCUCAUUGCUAAUGAAAUCGCAGUGGCUUCAAAACCAUUUAGUGAGGGUGAAUUUGUAAAAACAUGCAUGAUGAAGGCAGCGGAGAUUGUGUGCCCUGAAAAGCGGCAGGCUUUUGCAAAUAUCAGCCUGACAAGAAACACAGUUGCAGACAGGAUUUCCGAUCUUUCAGUGGAUUUGGACAGCCAGUUGAAGCAAAAAGUAAAGUCAUUUAUUGCGUUUUCGGUUGCAAUUGAUGAAAGCACGGACAUUACAGAUGUUGCACAACUGGCCAUUUUCAUCCGCGGAGUUGAUGACACAUUGACCGUCACCGAGGAGUUCGUGGAGUUGGUGCCGAUGACAGAUACAAUGACAGCAGCUGAUAUUUUUACCGCACUCGUCGGCGCGCUGGACAGGGUCGGAGUGGACUGGUCCCGCGCUGUCAGCCUGGCUACAGAUGGUGCGCCCUCAAUGAUCGGGAAAAAAGCAGGCGUUGUGACAAAGUUCAGAGAGAAAGUGCAAUCUGCAAAUGGAGGAUGUGAUUUUUUGACUUUUCGCUGUAUUUUGCUCCAGGAGGCUUUGUGUUGCAAGUCAUUAAAGAUGGAUAACGUCAUGAAGGUGGUCAUCCAAACUGUUAAUUUCAUCCGAUCCAGAAGCCUGAAUCACCGUCAGUUUGACAGCCUUCUCAGAGAGAGAGACCACAUCUAUGGCCUGCCAUACCACACUGAGGUAAGAUGGUUAAACCGAGGUGCUGUCCUGAGGCGUUUCUUUGAUUUACGAGAAGAAAUUGAACAGUUCAUGGAAGAAAAGGGCAAACCAGUGUUAGAAUUUCAUUCCGCAGAAUGGAUGCAGGACCUUGCAUUUAUGGUGGAUGUUACAGAGCACCUGAAUAACUUGAACAAACAGCUGCAAGGGCGCAACAAAGUUGUCACGCAGUAUUAUGACAGCAUACGUUCUUUCAAGUUGAAGCUGUCAUUGUGGGAGACGCAACUUGCCGGUGGUGAUGCAGCUCACUUCCCCUGUCUGAAAAAUGUGUGCGCGACCCAACAUGUGGCAGACAUGAAGCGGUUCAAAGAUAAAAUAACGGGACUGUUACGGGAGUUAGAGCAACGCUUUCAGAUUUAUGUUUUUAUGUUGAUGUGCUAUUGUUUUUAAUUGAUUUUAUUUGUAUAUUUAAUCUAUUCUUGACUUUGUGGUUCUUGCACUUGUUUGGGGAACAGGAUUUCAUUAUUUUUAUCUACAUUUUUGCCUGAGAAAUGACACCCUGAUAUAGUUCUGUGAUAUACUUCUGUGAAUCACUGAGGCAUUGUGUGUUUGUGUGUUCUUUGUCCUCAGAACUUUCAAAUAACUUGACGUGUUUUAUGAUUAGUAGUGAUGUUGUGCUUGUACUAUUUUGGACACACUGUCCUCAGGCUCCAGCUUUAUGUUGUAUGUUGAUCGUAUUAAAACAAAGAAAACAAUCUGAAGUUGUUGUUUUUAAGUUAUAUAUACCAUGAUUUUUCCGGUCCGGCCCACUUGGGAAUAGAUUUUCCUCCAUGUGGCCCCUGACCUAAAAUGAGUUUGACACCCCUGGCAUAGAUAAUAAACAGAGUAGCAGCAGCAUAAAGGAGGGGGUGGAAACAAUGCAAAUAGUCCGGGUAGCCAUUUAAUUAGCUGUUCAGGAGUCUUAUACAUUUACAUUUUAGUCAUUUAGCAGACGCUCUUAUCCAGAGCGACUUACAGGAGCAAUUAGGGUUAAGUGCCUUGCUUAAGGGCCCAUAGACAGAUUUUUCACCUAGUCGGCUCGGGGAUUAGAACCAGCGACCUUUCAGUUACUGGCACAACGCUCUUACCCACUAAGCUACCUGUUAAGAAGCCUUUUGGACCUACACUUGGCGCUCCGGUACCGUUUGCCGUGCGGUAGCAGAGAGAACAGUCUAUGACUAGGGUGGCUGGAGUCUUUGACAAUUUUUAGGGCCUUCCUCUGACACCGCCUGGUGUAGUGGUCCUGGAUGGCAGGAAGCUUGGCCCCAGUGAUGUACUAGGCCGUACGCACUACCCUCUGUAGUGCCUUGCGGUCGGAGGCCGAGCAGUUGCCAUAAUAGGUGGUGCUGCAACCAGUCAGGAUGCUCUCGAUGGUGCAGCUGUAGAACUUUUUGAGGAUCUGAGGACCCAUACCAAAUCUUUUCAGUCUCCUGAGUGGGAAUAGGCUUUGUCGUGCCCUCUUCACGACUGUCUUGGUGUGUUUGGACCAUGAUAGUUUGUUGGUGACGUGGACACCAUGGAACUUGACGCUCUCAACCUGCUCCACUACAGCCCCGUCGAUGAGAAUGGGGGCGUGCUCGGUCCUCUUCUUUUUCCUGUAGUCCACAAUCAUCUCCUGUGUCUUGAUCACGUUGAGGGAGAGGUUGUUAUCCUGGCACCACACGGCCAGGUCUCUGACCUCCCCUAUAGGCUGUCUCAUUGUCGGUGAUCAGGCCUACCACUGUUGUCGUCGGCAAACAACGAAUACAUGGUUUGUCUUUAGGGUUAGUUAAGUGUUUAGGUUAAUAGACAUUAACAGUAGUAGACAUGGUUAGAGAACCGCCAUCCAGAACCUUUCAAAAUCUGCCACUCUUUUAUUAUUAUUACUAGUCCAAAAAUCUGGUGGUGAUUUUCAGAUGGAUAUCGGACCAAACCGCACCGACUUCUACAUUGGCCUCUCUCUUGCCAUGAGCUCGAGCAUCUUCAUUGGAGGAAGCUUCAUCCUGAAGAAGAAAGGUCUUUUGCGAUUGGCCAGUAAGGGGUUUAUGCGAGCAGGUAUUACCACCACCAUACAUAACUACAUCUUAACUUUAGCUACGUUGGGCCGUUGAAAGUAUGCUUACUGAAUAAAACUUUAAUAAUCACUUUUUUGUAUUGUUAGUAUAGUAUGCCCUAUCUGUAUGAUCAUACAUUGUAUUUAUUAGGUCAGGGGGGAUAUGCUUACCUCAAAGAAUGGCUGUGGUGGGCAGGACUCAUAGCAAGUAAGUGUAGACAAAUCUUUUGUCACCUGAUCACAAUUGUUCUUUAUAUUAAAAUAACAAUUUGCCCUUACUGAACUUUAGCAUAUGGUACAGUAGGGUAAACCCUGUAGUAACAGUCCUCAUUGACCUUUCUCUGUUUAACAAUGUGGUCUUUGUUUUCAAAGAGAAAGGGAGGAGGCUGUUGUGGGUUUGGUAUUUUUGCUGGUAGUCUUUUGUGAUGAUGCAACGACCCACACUGUCCUAUGGAAAUCUUUUGAAGUACACAUUCCUCAGAUCACAUUUGCACAUGUAGGUUGAAUGAGAGAAUAGUAAUGAAAACUCGCCUCCCCCUACAUUUACAGUAUCAUGUGCAUAGUCCCAUGUCAUUGUUGCAUACUAAUGCUGGUUUCUGUGUUUCAGUGGGAGCUGGGGAAGCAGCUAACUUUGCCGCUUACGCUUUUGCCCCUGCCACAUUGGUGACACCACUGGGAGCAAUGAGCGUUCUUGUGAGGUAAAUGUCUGAUUACUGAACUUCGGCUUGUGCUUUGAUAGGUACGGAGUUCCUCAUCUCAUGAACUGUUAAGAUAGGGGUGAGGUGACAUUCUGUUUCAAAAUGUAAUAAUCCAUUUGCAAAGAGCUAGUUCUAGGAUGUUUUCCUAACACAUAUUUGGGCCUAAAUUCAGUCAGUCUUAUUGCAUGCCUUCUAACAAUGUAAUGACAUUAAAAUGAAGACCGCUACUACAACAAAUCUGUUCAUUUUGACUAGAUCAACUUAUUUUGCCUGCUUCCUGCAGUGCUGUGCUGUCCUCAUACUUCCUGAAUGAGCGGUUGAAUGUUCACGGGAAGAUGGGCUGCUUGCUGUGCAUCCUGGGUUCCACUGUCAUGGUCAUCCACGCCCCUCAGGAGGAGGAGGUUGCCUCCCUUACUGCCAUGGCUGAGAAGCUCCAAGACCCAGGUACUGUAACUGACAUCAUGGGUCCACAUAUACACAAACACUUUUCUAUAAUAUCAUCUUGCAUCCCAAAUAAGUACUCAUUAUGUGAUUUAAGGUUAAAAAAUAUAUGCAGUGCCUUCUUUAGGCCAAUCCCCUUGUAUGCACUGAUGUUUUUUGACCAGCAUGCUAUAAACUAAGAUUAGAAUUUGAGAAACAUAUUACUACAAUCAUACCAAUGUCUCACAUACUGACCUAUGCUGAAUCCCUCAGCUGCUGUUCAGAGCCACUGAUCCAAAAAAUAAUUGGCUUGUUAAUACGUAAAAAUGCAAGACUCUCAACUAUUGCGUCAUGCUCUCAGAAUGUACUGAUUCAAACGUUCCGACUGUGAUCUCUCCCAGGAUUCAUCACGUUCGCCGUGUCUGUUGUGGCGAGCAGCCUGAUCCUCAUCUUCCUGGUCGCCCCGCGCUAUGGCCAGAAGAACGUGCUGGUUUACAUCCUGAUCUGCUCCGUGAUUGGCUCCCUGUCGGUGUCCUGCGUCAAGGGCCUGGGCAUCGGCAUCAAGGAGCUGUUCGCCGGCACCGCCGUCCUAAAGGAACCCCUGUUCUGGUGUCUACUCAUCUGCCUGGUGAUCUGCGUCAGCAUCCAGAUCAGCUAUCUCAAUAAAGCCUUGGACAUUUUCAACACGUCCAUCGUCACGCCCAUCUAUUACGUGUUCUUCACCACCUCCGUAAUGGCGUGUUCGGCCAUCCUCUUCAAGGAGUGGCUGAGCAUGAGCACGGACGGAGUUGUGGGGACCGUCAGUGGGUUCCUCACAAUCAUCCUGGGUAUCUUCCUCCUCCAUGCGUUUAAAGAUCUUACAUUCAGCUGGGACUCGCUGCCACUGUACCUGAGGAAGGGGCCUCAGGGGUCCCUCUGGGGCCAGCAGCCCUACGUGGCCCUGCCCAGCCAGGAGAGCCAGGCGGAGGGGCCAGGGGAGGCGAAGCUGGCCAGAGAGGGGAGCUCAAAGGGAAGCUACUCGCCGGAGGGCUCAAUGAGGAGGAACAAUAGCUUUGUCACCACUUAGCACUUGGGAUCAAUUCAAACCCUACUUAGCACAAAGGCCAAAUGUUUAGAUUUCAAUAUCCCAUUGCCAAGUUUUACAUUUCUCUGUUUAUUUGAUAUUUACACACCUGCGUAGACGAGUGGAAAAUAUGUUUACUAAAUAUGUAUUGAGUUGGAGAUUCUUACAAUGCAAUAACCACUGGAAGGACAGCUUGCCUUUAACUGUCAUGCACUGCAAUCCAGUGAGCACACUGCAUUUCUAUACCAACAGAUGUACAUUGUGUCUAGCGAUUAGCGAAGUCCAACAUGGUUUUACUCAUGGUACACCUAAACCAUUCAACUGGUUGAAAGUAUUAGUCCUACAGGUUUCCCCUUUCUCUGAAUGGUUUCUACUGUAUAAAAAAAACUGGUGUACGUACACACUUAAAAUAUCUAAUCAUGGACAGUGUGAUGAAAUUGAAUGUACUGAUUUUAGUUUUAAGAUCAAGUUUUGAUAUGAAGCGACUAGUCCCUUCUGUUUUUCACUGUCUGAACUGUAACUUAUUGAUAGGCCUAUUUGUCUUAUUCCUGUGUUCAUUUGCCUUAAAAUGCCAGAAAAUCUAUUGCGAGUCAAGGCACUGCAGCUUUUACCUUUUGUGUACUUGGGUUCAAUCAUCUUUCAAAGUUACUGAUUGUGAAUGUUGAACAAUCUGAGUGACAAGUUACUGUAAUGUAAUACCUCAAUUGUAUUUUUCAUUGAUCAUGUUUAUGAAUAUCAUCAGUAUUAACUGAGGCACUUUCCUUGACAUAGCCCCUUUUGAAAUGCAUUCCUACUACUGCAUGUGCCAAACUAACUUAGUGUUUCUUAAUCAUUGAUUUAUAACAUACUGCUUAUUCUUUUAGUAUGUGAAUAAACAAUUACCUUUUAUGCAGCAAGACCCUAAUACUUGGACCACACUAUUCUAAAGCCCAAUGAUGACAAAGCAGGCAAUAUAACAUUUGUUUAUUGCAUAUAUACAAUUGAACACUUAUUUCAGCCAUAGAUCGUGCCCUUUUCCCAACAAGACAUUGUUCGUACUCUGACUUGUUACUCAAUGCAGUGAGUUCCAGUGGCUUUCCGAGGCGGUGGCAAAUUGAAUGUCCCAGAUUUUAGGCCCUUUUCCUCUGCCCCAGGACACAACCUCAACAGCUGGGUAAGAUUGUUAUUAAAGCAUACUAAUGAAGAUCUCCCAUCUCAGUUUGUUAUGAUUGACAUGCAACAGGCUCUAAUUCAAUUUACUACACAGUUUAAGAAACAUCAAUAUGAAGACAUUAGCUAGCGACCAACCAGAAUUGACAUUACUGCACUUAAUCUCGUGUCCCACUAGGUGAGAGAAAUUGGCCAAGACUUGGCUAUGUGACAUGAUACAAGGUGCAAAACCGAGGCACUUAUCAAAACGACUUGUUUCUUCCCCACCCUGGUUAUUGGACAGUGUUCUCAUUGCACCAUAUAGAAAGCUGUCAUUGCUGUAAAACAUCUUGAUUGGCUGUUCAGUGUCUUCUCUUGUCAGUCUAUCCAGUGGAGGUUGUUGCUAGACUAUUCAGACAUGGAUUCUGAGAAGGAGCCCUUACUCCUCUGUGUUUGUUCGAGUCUGUUCAGGAUGAAUUGGCUCGUGUCAAUGAAACGCUCUACACAGUUCACAAAGCAGAUCUCUGUCCGGGAGUCCAGCUUGGGCCCAGGUUUAUCCAUGCAUUUCUCCUGUAAGGAACCAGAGCAGACAGGUGCUCGAUCAUUGGCUGGAUCACAUGUCAUUGCAUGGCGUGGAGGACAUUGCAUCGUGCAUGAGUAAUUUGUUCACAUUAAACACUAUUUUAGGCGAGUACCCUACAGGUGGUUGAUUAUGUAGGAGAUUAAUACAGGAGCGUAGUUACAGUAGCUAGCGAGCUAAAUGCAGCAAACGUUUGCACUUAGCCACCUACGCUGGGCCACAAAACAACUGGCAUUACCAGCUAGCUAACUUUAGCUACUAAACAAUCUAGCUAGUACAAUAAUUAAGUCUACAUGCCCAUUGUAUCAUUGGCUAACUGUGUCAAUUUUUAUGCAUUCAUUCACUUGAUCGCCAGAUGUUCAAGUAGCUAGCUAGUUGUCAUUGCAGAAGCGUUUCUUACCCAACACACUUCAGUCAUCUGAUGGACUAACUGCUGAAACCUUUGUUUUUGGGACUCGAUUUCGAUGAAUUGCUGAAGCUGAGGGUCUGCUGUUGCUCCUUGGUUUUCCAUGUUCAUGCACAAAUCGCUUAUAAAUUAGAGAGAAAUGUACAAUUAUUAGAUAAUUGUAAACGAUUGACUACAGUUCCUGACCUUCACGUGUGUGAAUAGGCUAGGCGCAUCACAGGAAACGGAAGAGUGCUGGACCAAUCAGAAAGUGCGCCGCUAAGAACAGUAAAUUCCAUUGGAUAUGGGGACAUGCUACAUAAAUGAAGUCACCCAAAAUUGUUGUUAUUUAGCUUUAUCAACGUUAUCCAUGUUGUCAUU